AUGGCAGAGGCGGAGUUGCACAAGGAAAGGCUGCAAGCCAUAGCAGAAAAAAGAAAGAGGCAGACUGAAAUAGAAGGCAAGCGGCAGGAACUUGACGAGCAGAUACUUCUGCUGCAGCAUUCCAAGUCCAAAGUGCUUCGGGAAAAAUGGCUGCUGCAGGGUAUCCCCGCUGGAACUGCCGAAGAGGAGGAAGCCAGGAGGCGGCAGUCUGAGGAAGAUGAGUUCAGGGUCAAACAACUGGAAGAUAACAUCCAGAGGCUGGAGCAGGAAAUACAAGCGCUAGAAAGCGAAGAGUCCCAGAUAUCUGCCAAAGAGCAAAUCAUCCUAGAGAAACUAAAGGAGACAGAAAAAUCCUUUAAGGACUUUCAGAAGAGCUUCUCCAGUGUGGAUGGAGCUGUGUACGCCAUGGAAAUUAAUGUGGAGAAAGACAAACAAACAGGAGAGACCAAGAUUCUCUCUGCAUCCACCAUUGGCCCAGAGGGGGUCCAUCAGAGAGGAGUCAAAGUCUAUGAUGACGGUACCAAAGUAGUAUAUGAGGUGCACUCAGGAGGCACUGUGGUAGAAAAUGGAGUGCACAAGUUAAGCUCAAAGGAUGUAGAAGCGCUUAUUCAGAAGGCGGGACAAUCAAGCUUCAGAGGAGGGCACGUGUCAGAAAGAACUGUGAUCGCAGACGGGAGCCUCGGCCACCCGAAGGAACACAUGCUCUGCAAAGAAGCCAAGUUAGAAAUGGUACAUAAGUCUAGGAAAGAUCAUUCUUCCGGGACCCCAAGGCAGCAGCCCCAAGCCCCCAGCACUGAAGGGCCCGAGGCCAACUUGGAUCAACCAGUCACCAUGAUUUUCAUGGGCUACCAAAAUAUCGAGGAUGAAGAGGAGACGAAGAAGGUGCUAGGCUAUGAUGAAACCAUCAAGGCGGAAUUGGUCCUCAUUGACGAAGAUGAUGAGAAGUCAUUGAGGGAGAAGACAGUGACAGACGUGUCCACCAUUGAUGGGAAUGCAGCCGAGCUUGUGUCCGGGAGGCUGAUCUCAGACACCACAGAGCCCUCAUCCCCAGAAGGAAAGGAAGAGAGUCUGGCCACAGAGCCAGCCCCAGGUACCCAAAAGAAAAAGCGCUGUCAAUGCUGUGUUGUCAUGUGACCACUUCUUUCUUCCCUUUUCUUCUGGGCAGCCUCUGGGCUCUCUACCACUUCCGUAGACCUCACUGUACCACUAACUGCAAUACUGUGAA